UAAUUCAAAGACUUUAAUUUGUGACCAUUGAUUGAUUUCCUUUCGUAUUGAUCCAAGAUGGCAUUCGUAGUCUGUGGAUGAGUAUUAUUCCCAAGAUCUUACAAACCUAAAGCGAUUAUUUGAUUUCUCUGAAAGUUUUCUCCUUCAAUGUUCAGUAAAAUAUCAACGCACCUCUUUGGUGCGUAUGCAGCCCUUCUUUUGCUUGUGAUCCUAUCCACUCACCAUAGUUGCAGUGCUAGAAAGACCAACAAUUACUGCGCUCCUUCUUCUUGUGGCAAUUUCCAUAAUAUUAGCUACCCUUUUCGAUUAAGUACCGAUCCCGAAAGCUGUGGCAACAAAAACUAUGAACUUGCUUGUGAAAACAACGAGCGCCUAACUUUACACUUGAACAUGGUAAAAUAUUAUGUUCAGGCAAUCAAUUACAGUGACUUAUCAAUUCGACUUGUGGAUGCUGCUGUUCAGAAAGAUGAUUGCUUCUCCCUCCCUCAUCCACUUAGUUUUCGCCGGUUAGAUUACUCAGUCAAAAGCUCUUUUACGUUAGUUUUCAUAAGUUGUGAAAAUCCAAUACUGAAUCCUCCAGCUUAUAUAGUGGACACUUCUUCUUGCAAAAAUGACAGUAGCACUGCAUAUAAUUCUACUUCGUCUAGCAGUGUUUCUUCUCCCAGCUUCUUUAAUAUGGAAGGUUAUUCCUAUGUCAUGGUUGGUGGUGUUAAAAUGGCCGACAUACCAGACUUGUGCCGUAUAAAUUUGAUUUGUUAUGUGCCUGGAUUUCUUCUGCCAGAAAACAAGACCAAUAUGUCGUAUAUAGAUGUUCAUGAUAUCUUGGUAUAUGGGUUCGAGCUUUCAUGGUUUUCGCCCUGUUGUGGUUCUGUCAGAGAGAACCGCUGCGGGUACCUUGAUAAAACAGCCAUGGUCUCCUACUGUGUUGGAAUCGUGAUAGACUGUUAUUUAAAAGGUAUCGACUGGGUAAUAAAUCGAAUUAUGGCAAAAUGGUUGAAAGGCACAUGGUUGAAUGCCAGGUAUUUGAAAGGUGUCAUGUCGAUAAUAAAUCGAAGCAUAGAUCACAACUCGAUGUCUUAUCGAAACCCAGGAACGACCAUCGCUUCAAAUUUACUAAUCAUUCUCGUAAAUUUGUUCUUGACGCUGCUACUUGUGUUACUUGUCCUCAUCGCGGCAUUGCAUGCGCUAUUAUUCCUUUGUGGUUUUCCAUGUCUCAUAAUCUUGCUUAUCUACAAGUGGCAAAGAAGGCAUUUAUCCAUGUAUAACAAUAUUGAGAAAUUCUUGCAAAGUCAUGAUAAUGAUCUCAUGCCGAUAAGAUACUCUUAUUCAGAGAUCAAGAAGAUAACAACUGGAUUUAGAGACAAGUUGGGUGAAGGAGGCUUUGGCUUAGUAUAUAAAGGAAAGCUUCGUAGUGGUCGUUUUGCAGCGGUUAAAGUAUUGGGCAAGUCAAAAGCCAAUGGACAAGAUUUUAUCAACGAAGUUGCCACAAUUGGAAGAAUCCACCAUGUCAAUGUUGUGCAACUCAUAGGCUUUACAGUUGAGGGAUCGAAACGUGCUCUUAUAUAUGAAUUCAUGCCUAAUGGGUCUCUUGAAAAGUACAUUUUUUCCAAGCAAGGUAGUGUCCCACUAAGCAAUGAGAGAAUAUAUGAGAUUUCUCUUAGGGUGGCUCGUGGCAUUGAAUAUCUACAUCAAGGUUGUGAUAUGCAGAUUUUGCAUUUUGAUAUCAAGCCACACAACAUUUUGCUUGAUGAAAAAUUUGUUCCAAAAAUAUCAGAUUUUGGACUAGCAAAAUUGUACCCAACAUCUAAUAACACUGUGCCCCUCACUGCCGCCAGAGGAACGAUAGGAUACAUGGCUCCUGAACUAUUUUAUAAAAAUAUUGGAGGUGUCUCUUACAAAGCAGAUGUCUAUAGUUUUAGGAUGUUAUUGAUGGACAUGGUAGGAAGAAGGAAGAACUUGAAUGCAUUGGCAAAUCAUUCAAGCCAAAUUUACUUUCCUUCAUGGGUUUAUGAGCAAGUUAGUGCAGGCAAUGACAUAGAAGUACAAGAAAAUACCACAGAAUAUGAAAAGAAAACUACAAAGAAGAUGAUUAUUGUGGCAUUAUGGUGUAUACAGCUAAAACCUAGUGAUCGUCCCUCAAUGCAUAAAGUUGUAGAGAUGCUUGAGUCAGAUGUUGAAUCCCUACAAAUGCCUCCCAAGCCUUUUCUCACCCUACAACAUAUACCAGAAGAUGAUGAUAGGGAUAAUCCAGCAAAGUUAUCAGAUCCACCAAAUGAUUGUAUCGACUCUUCAUAUCAAUUUGGUCGUUAAUGAUGAAAAUACAACUAUGUAUUUAUUAAUAUUGAUAAUAGGUUCACUAAGGUAUUAAACCUUAUUGAUUGUAUCGAUUUAUUGGAUAUUGUUAUCCAUUUAGCUCCAUGGAACUAUUGGACUUGCUUGCAAGUUUGGUUAUAAAAUCUUCAAUAUUCUUUAUUAGAGCU